GGGUCUUCACAUCACUUCACAUCACUUCACCUCAUUCUACCCAGCAAACAUACACACAAGCAAAGCAAACAUUACUUACAACCAUCAUCCCCCCAUCCCCUUCCCCAAUCCCAUCAAAACCACCACCCCCCUCCUCCAAAAUGUCCCGCCUCCUCCUCCGCACUCCCCGCCUCACAGCCUCCGCCCUAGGUCUCACCUCCUACACCACCUACAGCCUCCUCCACUCCCAGCGUUUUCCCACUCGCUUAGACUCACUCUCGUCGCCGCGAUCGAAGAGCGAAAAUCCGCAGACGCCAUUGAUCAAGAAGGGAGGCGGUCUAGAUUCGAAGACUGUGGGUCAGAUUAGCAGCGGGAGUAUUGUUGGACUAGGAGCCGGUCUGGCAGUCAGUACAUUUUCGCGAUCGCUCGCCCUCAUAAUUGGUUUAAUGGUCGUUGGGAUACAGUGGGCCUCUUCCCACGGCCUCGAUAUCGUCCCCACAGAUCGCAUCCAGCGCUACAUCAAACAUGUUAAUUUGCGUUCCCUCGUAGAAGAAAACGUUGCAUUUAAAGUUUCUUUCGGUACAACUUUUGCCAUGGCUGCUUUUAUGCGAUUUUAGAUACGCGUGGCUUCUAGAUUUACAUGUCUAGUGUAUUAUUCAUUCGAAUGUCUUACAUAUCAAGCCGAGGAUUAGGAUAGCAAAAUGGAAUAUGAGGAGUUGGAAAUUGGAUUGGCCUAUCUAUUUGAAAAUGGCUUGAGAGUCUUCCAUCGUGUACAAUACAAUGCUA